CCGACCCCCCCCGGGCGCCGCGUGCAUCCGGGGCCCCGGCCGGCCGGUGACGUCAGCGCUAUAAAGGCCUGCAGCGCCUUUGUUCGCCCUCAUUGCGCAGUUGCGGCACGGCGGGAACGGGGGUCGUUCGUGGCAUCAAAAUGGUUGAAGCAGAUCGUCCUGGAAAACUGUUCAUCGGGGGCCUGAACACAGAGACAAAUGAAAAAGCCCUUGAGGCUGUAUUUGGCAAAUAUGGACGCAUUGUGGAAGUCCUCUUGAUGAAAGAUCGUGAAACCAACAAGUCCAGAGGGUUUGCAUUUGUAACGUUCGAGAGUCCAGCAGAUGCAAAAGAUGCUGCCAGAGACAUGAAUGGAAAGUCAUUAGAUGGGAAAGCAAUUAAAGUGGAACAAGCAACCAAGCCCUCCUUUGAAAGUGGUGGUAGGCGUGGGCCACCACCCCCUCCACGAAGCAGAGGUCCUCCCAGGGGCCUUAGAGGUGGAAGAGGCGGAAGUGGCGCAAGAGGACCACCUUCAAGAGGGAGUCACUUGGGGUCUUCUCGAGGACCACUUCCCAUGAAGAGAGGUCCACCUCCACGAAGUGGAGGCCCUCCACCUAAAAGAUCUGCACCUUCAGGACCAGUGCGUAGCAGUAGUAUGGGAGGAAGAGCUCCUGUGUCACGUGGAAGAGACAGUUAUGGUGGUCCUCCACGCAGAGAACCAAUGCCAUCACGAAGAGAUGUCUACAUGUCUCCAAGAGAUGAUGGCUACAGCACUAAAGACGGUUACUCAAGCAGAGAUUAUCCCAGUUCCAGGGAUACAAGGGACUAUGCGCCACCUCCACGGGACUAUGCAUAUCGUGAUUAUGGUCAUUCCAGUUCACGUGAUGAAUACCCCUCGAGGGGCUAUAGUCUUUCCUCUUACAGUGAUCGUGACGGAUACGGUGGUGGGCGUGACAGAGACUACUCAGAUCAUCCAAGCGGAGGAUCCUACAGAGAUUCAUAUGAGAGUUAUGGUAACUCACGUAGUGCUCCACCUGCACGAGGGCCCCCGCCAUCUUAUGGUGGAAGCAGUCGAUAUGAUGAUUACGGCAGCACACGUGAUGGAUAUGGAAGCCGAGAAAGUUACUCAAGCAGCAGAAGUGAUGUCUACUCAAGUGGCCGUGAUCGUGUUGGAAGACAAGACAGGGGUCUUCCCCCAUCCAUGGAAAGGGGCUAUCCACCGCCUCGUGAUUCAUACAGUAGUUCAAGCCGCGGAGCACCCAGAGGUGGUGGCCGUGGCGGAAGCAGAUCUGACAGAGGUGGAGGCAGAAGCAGAUACUAAAAACACUCUUAAAUUUUUUGGACCAAGAUAAAUAAUCUCGCAAACAAAGAAAAGUGGAAGUUGUUCUAUCUUUACUACCAGAGGACUACUAAAAGGAAAAGUUGUUUUUACCUUUUUUUAUUGUUGCCUGUUAAGUUUUCCCCUCCAUGACUUUUAUGCUUUUGUGAAGAAAAGUUAAACCAAUGUUUAAUUUCAUUUCAAAAUUGUUAACAUUUCUUUCAAAAGGCAGAUGUUAAAUGUAUAAAAGUUGAGCUGUGUACUAGUGUUGUAAUUUUCAAAGUAAAGUUUCCCUGAAAUGCCACACUUCCCAUCUGACUUUCCUCAUGAAUGGAAUAAGCAGUUCUUACGAUCUUCUACACAACAUCUAACCAUCUAGGAUGGAGCUGGAUUGUUCUACACAUUCAGCGUCUCAUUCUUAAAGUAUUGAUUGUGAUGUGGAGGGUGGUGGGGAUGUUCCACACAAAGUUCAGUUUUGUCUAGAAUUUGAAGUCGGUGUUCCCAGUUCAAAAUGCCUUCAGAUCGUUGUGUAAAGAAAAUAGAGGAUAUCAUUCAAUUAACCUGAAUGAGAAAGCAAGUGGAUAAUACUAUAUUUUUUGCCUUCCUACUGUUUCAUGGGGAAUUUAAAAAGAUGUCCCCUCCAAAUGAACCAUGUACUUGUAAGUCAGCUACAGAAUACUGUAUAAAAAAAAGUAAAAAAUAAAAAGUUUGACCAAUUCCAUCAAAGAAGCUGCAAAACAAUGCUUACUCAUACUGUUUCAAAUUUUUGCAACUGUGUAGUGUUUCACUUUUAAAGGAACAUCUUUGAUUCCAAAGGAGAAAAUAAGAUAAGCAAGGAAGUCUUUCUCUCCACUUCUCAAAGGCUUAUGGCUUCAUAAAAACAAGUGAAACUUUCAGCAUUCCACAGCUGAUUUAAAGCAUCAAAUGCCUGUGAAACAGCAAAGAUGGUAAGCAAAGCAAACUAGUUUUUCAGUCUAAGUCAAAAUUGAAUCAAGUUGUCUUCCUCUAGUACAGUAAGACAAGCUGCACGUCAUGGCAAUGGAAGUGCUGUCUAGAUUAAAAAAAAAAAAAAAAGAAACGAAAAACUUCAAUGCAUUAGAAGUUCUCCAAAUUCAACAUUUCUUCUUGGAUAAAAGCAUUUAUGGCACUGAUUUUGAAACUAAAGAUGUGAGAAUGCAGCUCGCUAUAGAGAAAAUACUGUGAAGUAGGGUUGGGAGGGGAUGUUUUGUGCCCAGUAUCUUUCAGUGAAGAUGCUUAAACAGGCUGCAUAUACUAUUUUAAAAAUAAAAGCCUUGUGAAAUCAGGAAUUGGUUUAGAUUGAGAAAUACCAUCUCGGCUAUUGGGAGUUUGAAGCAAGCCAUUGCAAACUUGACCUUUAGUUGGAUGCCUGACUCUUUAGUUUGACACUACGUUACAGGGAUAUCUAGCACAUGUGGCAGAACCUGUGGCAAGUUAUGACUCAGGUAAAGCCACGAAGUUCAAAAGAUGCUCUUGAAUGUAAUAGACAUGAAGACCUCCAACUAAAAACAAAACAAAAGCAUUGUGCUACUGUUUAGUCCUCAGUAAAUUUUGUCGUUCAACUUAUGGAUUUAACAUGGCAGUGCACCAUUGAAAAGGAAUGAGAAUCCAUAAGCCAUGCAACCUAUCACUAAGUCAUUCCAGUCCAUUCCAAGCCAGUGAAUCUUCCACCAUUUAGAAGAGAAGUAGUAAAACUUGCAAGAGACUAAUCUGCAAACCCAAGCUUGUGACUUGAAAUGGGGGGAAGCGCUGUAGGUUGACUUGCACCAUAAAAUGUACUCUUCUCAGUUUGUUGUAUCUUACUUUGAUUGCAGGGUGAUAAUUUCUAGAAGAUGCCGCUGAAGUAACGCUGGUUCAUCUGUGGAUGGCAGACAUGAAUGGUGCCUGUACUAAUAGAACAGAUUAGAAGAAGGCAGUGCAGCAGUGGAUAUGCUUGAAAAAUCGAAGGAUAGCAUAAAGCAGCUGAUAACACUUGUCUUUUGAGCAUGGUCUUACCCACCAUGUUGCUUUAGAGGGUUGGGUUACCAUUCAGGGAAUUGCCUAGUGCUACUAAUCUCUGGGAUACAAAACCUGUUCAGACAGGUGGAAAUCAGUUAUUGUCUCUUGCAGCUAACAUCUUCCAAGAGUCUCAGUGUAGAUGCAUCAGUAGAUUGUGCAGCAUAAAAAUAAUCCAGGUUAUUUACGUGCAGUGUUUUCCCUCUCUGAUGAAAAAUAGUCAGUUAUAUGAAAGUAAAUUGUAGUCACCUAAAUUGCAAAGGACUAAAUUGCUGGAAAUUCUACCUCACAAAGAAACCAUCAGAAGUUUUACGGUAUUCUUACAUUAACAGAUUUAUAAUUAUCCAAGCCUUCUGGAUUAAAGUAAAAAAGUGUUGAUGUACUGAGAUGAUGUUAGUGAUAAAUCUCGAGAACGAUCUGUUUUUAUGUGUACUAGGUUCUUCCAGAACUCCACCCAGGAGUGCAUCUCUUAACAGGUGUAGAAUUUGAUAAAAAUUAUGUUUUCUUCAGAAUAUUUUCUUGGUUUUGAUGCAUUUUAGUCCUAAAUAUGUGUUGAUGUGCCAAUGUAUGUGAAAGUAAUCAUCAGGCAUUGGUAUGUCAUACAGAAAACUAACUUUGUAUUGACAGAAUUACUUAGUUGUGGCUAAUACAGUUUACAGUAUUUCAACAGUAGACAAACUUCUCACUUAAACAGUUCUGUUACUAAUGAGUAGCUAAGGCAGAAAAAGUAUUUAUACCCUUUCAAGGCAUUUAAAUCCAUCUUAUUUUUUUGGUAUAAGAGUAUCACUAAACUUCAGUUACAGACUGCGGACUCUAGGAGUAAGCAUGCCUGUAUAUAGCAAAUAGGAAUAAUAGCAGUGUUUUCCAGGGCUAAUAAAUAUGCAGUUAAAUAAACGCAUUAUGUGUUUGUUCUUAAGCCACGUUACUCAGCUACACGUGCAUAGUAGAAAUGUUUACCAACAAGUACUUCAUAGUGGUGGUGUACUGUUAAGAAGUGGUCUGUGGUCUCAGAGAGCAUACCUUACUUGGAAAAGAAAUAGUCAUACUCUGUAAUAGUAAGAAGGCUUCUUUUUCAGCACUAGCUUAUAAUCUGAGUACUGCUGUUCAGGCUAAACCAGAUUCUAACUGAAAGCUAAUGCCAGUGUAUGAGUUGUAUGAGAAAAGAUUAAUAUGUACUGGAAAUGUUACAUAAUUCACGUCAUUGGUGUAUUCUCAUUAGCUCAUGCGCUGUGUUUCAGACUACAUCAUUGAAAAGCAGUGGCUUAAAUGUAAAGCAUUGUUGGGUGUUUUCUUCUAUGCCAAAGAGUUACAUAAAAGUGACUUGUGUACAAACA